GUUAUCAAAUGUUAGAGUAACUUCCCAAUUACCACCAUUGUGCGAACAUUGAUUUGUUCAAUGAGCUGAGCUAUCCUUAGCAGAUAGUCAUAUAAAAUCGCAGACUUUUCUGUAGAUCUGUAGGAGAAGAAUAUUGUGGAGGAUUUCUUAUAUUCCGAAGAAAUCAGCAAAUCGCUAACUUCUUUGUGAUAUGAUGAAAUGUUUUGUGGAACUUUUACCCAAAUUUUGUAUAUGAAACCUCUCUAGUGAAGAUUUUUGGAAAGCAAUAGACUUGUGAUGUGAGUAGCUGAAACUUAAUGAAAAACCAUAACGCUUCAUUUUGAGAAUUUCAAUGAACAGUUUUACAAAAACGCAACACAUGUUUCGCUUCACAAUAGCUUCUUCAGACCAGUCACAGGCGUAUGAAGACACGUCUAAAGAAGCCAAUGUAUGGUAAAACACGUGUUUUACAGACAUUUCAGAAUGAAGUAUUUCUUGAAUACCAAUAGAUUUUACUGAUAAUCUACCUGAAAAUAUCGAUCAUGAAUAGAAUCACUUGACUGUGAACAAAAUUUCCUAACUGAAAAUAAGUUACGUAACAAUCGGAAUAAGUUACGAGAUCUAUUGACUUCGAUCAAUGUUCAUGAAGAUUAUCGAGCGUCUUGUGUAAGAUGAAUAACAAUUGAAAAACAUAUUGUGUACAUAAAUAUAUAAAUGUGAGUUCGACACCGUUACUGGCAGUAAGCAGGUAGAGCAAUCCAGAAACAUGAAAUAUAUUAUCUUCGCUGUCUGUGUCUUCGGCGUAGUCGAUAUUGCUACAUCGAACCUACUGUCGGAAUAUGACUUCUCUUUAGAUCCUGAUUGUCCACCACCGGGCAACCAAUCAGAAUCAACAUACUUGCCUUACUAUUACGAUUGCUCCAAAUUCUACGAAUGCUCAGAUGGAAAGAAAGUACUGAUGAGUUGUCCCGAAAAUCUUUACUGGAACAUCAAACUCAAAAUUUGCGACUUUCUGCGGAAUGUAGAUUGCUCUUACGUUUGGACUUCUACUGCAGGUCCACCAACUCAACCACCUACUCGGCCAUCUACUCAACCAUCAACUCGACCACCAACUCCUCCACCAACUCCAAAGCCGAUACCAGGUGUUGAUUGCAGAGGAGUUCCAGAUGGUACUUAUUUCGCAGACCCCUACGAUCGCUCCAAAUUUUAUGAAUGUGUCAAAGGAGUACCAGUGCUUUUCUCUUGUCCGGCAGGAUAUGUAUGGGAGGAGAGCAGACUGCAAUGUGUGUCAUAUCAACCAUCCUCUCCGCCCACUCCAACCCCCGCUCCUGAACCGACAACUACAAGUCCAGUACCUGGUGUCAAUUGCACGGGAGUCCCAGAUUGGACUUAUUUUGCAGACCCCUUUGAUCGUACUAAAUUAUACGAGUGUGUCAAAGGAAACGCAGUACAUUUAUCUUGUCUACCAGGGCUGUAUUGGGAUCAGAAGAGACUGAAGUGUGUCCCAAUUAUUCCACCCACUCCAGGUGUUGAUUGUACAGGAGUCCCAGAUGGAACUUAUUUCGAAAAUCCAUUCGAUCGCACUAAAUUUUACGAAUGUGUUAAAGAAGUAGCGGUGCUUUUUUCUUGUCCGGCAGGUCAGGUAUGGGAUGAAAGCAGACUGCAGUGUGUAGCUGAUCUGCCUCCCACUCCAUCUCCCACUACAACUCCGAAGCCAGUACCAGGUGUUGUCUGCACAGGAGUCCCAGAUGGAACUUAUUUUGCGAAUCCCUUCGACCGCACUAAAUUUUACGAAUGUGUCAAAGGAGUAGCAGUGCACUUUUCUUGUCCGGCAGAAAAAGUGUGGAAUCAGAAAGGACUUCAGUGUGUUUGAAAAAUUGGUGUGUCUCCUGUGAAGGUCGAAAUUAGCUUCCGGUGACGAUAUGAUUCAAAAAUAUAAAACUGUCUCACUAACUCGAAAAGUCUCAGACUCAAUAACUUGAAUAAAUGAUUUUCAUUCCUGUUUA